CAGGGCGGGCGCUGCCAGUCCGCCGCGUCCCAGCGCCGGAGCCGCACGGCCCAGCAGCGAGCGCCCAGCCCGGCCUGGCCCGGCCCCGCCAGCCGCCCCCCAUGGAGGAGCAGCCCCACCACCAUCAUCACCACCAUUACUACUACUGCGGCCACCACCACCACCACCCGCAGAGCGCCUACCUGCCGCCGCCCGACGGCCGAGCCCAGCCCAAGCCGCCGCUCCGACACGAGCACAAGCACGGCGGCCCGCAGCACCAAGAGGCGGCCAAGCGGAGAACAGGCUAUGGAGAGCUAAAUGGUAAUGCAGGAGAAAGAGAAGUGUCAUUAAAGGGCCUGUGCUCUGAUGAAACCACCACCCCAGGAUCCAGGGUACCCAAUGGCAGCCAGCAGCUCGUAGACACUAACGUGCCCCCAAAGCAGACUGUGAAGGCCAGCGCUUUGGGGAAAGCUGGAAUCAAACCCAAAAACUUCAUUCAGAAAAAUAACAUGGACAAAAAGAAUGAGAAAUCCUACGAGAACAAACUUAGAGAAAGCCAAUCCUCAGACAAGCCAGAGGGAAUGUCUAUUCCAAACGGUGUGGUAACCAAUAACUCCAGCUAUAUCACCAAUGGCUACAUAGGGAAAGGGGCCGAUAACGAUGGAAGUGGCUCCGAGAGUGGAUAUACUACACCUAAGAAGCGGAAAGGCAGGCGCAACAGUGCCAAGGGUUGUGAGAACUUGAAUCUAGUUCAGGACAAAAUAAUGCAACAGGAGGUCAGUGCCCCAACCUUAAAACAGGAACUUGAGAGUUUCAAGCCUGAUUAUAGUGAGCAAAAGGGGAACCGAAUUGAAAAUACUAAGCCAGUUUGGAAAUACGAGGCUGGAGCUGGUGGAGCAGGACGGGGAAAGCCUGGGCUUGGGGAUGUACAGCGAAAAAACUCGGAUGCCAAACCUGGGAUUAGCAGCAAGAAGUUUGAUGACCGGCCCAAAGGGAAGCACGCGUCAUCAGCUACAUCUAAAGAGGAUUCAUGGACCUUAUUUAAACCACCCCCAGUUUUUCCAGUGGACAAUAGCAGUGCUAAAAUCGUACCCAAAAUAAGUUAUGCAAGUAAAGUUAAAGAGAACCUCAACAAAGCAGCUCAAACCCCAUCCACAUCAUCUUCUUCAUCUUCAUCAUCUGCCGGGGAAGCUCAGGCCCAAACAUCCAGUCGACUGUCCCAGGUCCCCAUGUCUGCUAUGAAAUCUGUUACUUCUGCUAGUUUCUCUAAUGGGCCCAUCCUGGCAGGGACAGAUGGAAGUGUGUAUUCCCCAGGGACCCAGCCACUGCUCUCAUCUGCUGCUAGUACUGUACCAUCCACCUCCUCUGAGUCAGGACCCCAGGACAUGAGUACACCUUCAGCAGCUCUCGAACAAAAGAAAUCUAGCCUUUUUAUCUACCCUUCAAAUAUGCAAACUGUGCUUCUGGGUACAACCCAAGUCAGUUUCCCAUCGCAGACCAAUCAGCAGAACCUGGGGGAUAUCUUCCAGAAUCAGUGGGGUUUGUCUUUCAUCAACGAGCCCAGCGCUGGACCCGAAACUGGGGUGGGGAAAUCUGCGGAUAAUCAGUUAAUGGAAGUGACAUUUCAAGGGGAAUAUCCUGCCACUUUGGUUUCGCAGUGUGCUGAAAUCAUUCCCUCAGGAACUGAACAACCUGUGUUUCCUAAGGCUUAUGAGCUGGAUAAACGGACUAGCCCUCAAAUUCUUAGUGCUAUUCUUAAGCCUGGGACUGCUGUUGAGGGUGGUGUCUUAGCUUUGGAGUCGCAUCACACAGGUGACCUACAAAAGGCAGACACCGGUAGCCAAGGUGCUUUAGUGUUUCUUUCAAAAGACUAUGAAGUAGAGAAUCCUCUGGCCUCUCCCACGAACAAUUUGCUAGCCUCCGCCAAAGAACAGAGGUACCAGAGAGGCCUAGAAAGGAAAGAUAGCUGGGGUUCUUUUGACCUGAGGGCUGCUAUUAUGUAUCACACUAAAGAAAUGGAAUUGGUUUGGAAUUUGCAGAAGCAAGAUCCCAAAAGGAUAAUCACUUACGAUGAAGCCAUGGAUCGCCCGGAUCAAUGAAGGUAGCAAGACGAGACUGCCUGUUCUAACCUUUCUGCAGCAUUUGUGCUGUUCGUGGGGGACAAAAGGCUUUUAUGCUCCUUCUAAAUCUUCAGUGCAGCAGAGGAACCGUAACUAGAAUCACAGGAUAAUAUAUACAAAUAUAUAUAUAGUUAUUUAAAAAUGGCAACUGAAAGUAAUUAGACUUCUUAAGGAAUCUGAAAAUCUAUUUCAACGAGACUACACACGUGAUUAUUUAAUCUCCGGUACUGAAUAGAUUUUUUUUUUUCCCCCUUUUCUUUUUUUUUCCUUUUUGGUUUUGUUUUUUGUUUGUUUUUUUUUUUUUUUUUGUUAAAGAGUGAAUGCAAGUGAUUAACAAACACAGACUCGAUUUACAAGCCCGGUUCUAAAGUUCCUGCUGUCGUCUGCCAUGGGCCGCAGCAACCCACUGGAGAGGCAUUUCCACUUGACAAGGUUUCUGUUUCUCGUUCUGUGACUGUAGUGACACACUAAUCACAGGGAAAUCAGGAUGAUUCACCAUACUUCAUCUCCCCUUUCCCUUCCACCUCCCCUAGUUGGUUGUGUUUUUUUUCCUGUUUUGUUUCCCAUUGAAUGCUGGAGAAACACCUUGAAGUUUGCAGUUUCCUUUUUUAUCCAGAGAAUUAUAAUCCGCAUGUUUUGCCAGGAGUAAAGCAGCAAUCCGAUGCUGGGAAUACUGUCUUAAAGCAUCAUUCUUCUGGGGGUAAUACUGCAGUUCUAGGAUGCAUGGUGAAGUCACACAGUUGACCUGGCUCCGGUUACACGUUGGACUAUUGCAACUGAAGAGUUCUUUUCAUUUUAAAAGACAACGUGCAAAAAUAAGCAAUCUGUUUAGGCAUUUAAUACAGAGAAAAACAAAAAACCCACUGUUCCCACAGGUUAAUGCCAUUGUAUUACUGGGAGCAAAAAAAAAAUACCUUCUGCUUUCAACUGUAGGUGCUUCAUAUUUGCUCUGUCUGUCUCCUAACACUAAAUGUGCUGGAUUUCUUUCCCAUUUUCAUUGGAAAACUGAAGAGGAAUUGAGUUCUGCUAACUUCCACCUUUCCUGAAUUAUUUCUUUUCUCUUAAAAAAAAAAAAAAAAAAAAGAAAAUCAAAAAAAAAAGGAAAAAAAAAGGAAAAAAAAAAAAAAAGAAUUUAAAUCCUUUUCAAUUUGUCCAUGGAACUCCAAUGGCCACACCUGCCCGUUGGAAAAGCUCUUUUAUAUUUUAAUGCAGUCUGUGUAUUUCCGGGCUCUGCUUAUGAUGAUCUCUUAAUAAAAAUCUAUUUUAUUACAAAAAAAAAUUGAGGACUUAGGAAUGAAAAUAAUAAUUAAAAUUUUAAAAAAUAAUUAAAAAAAAAGAGUAAAUCAAUAAAUCCCAAGGGAAGGAAAGCUUCCUCUAGCAGUGGUAGAGAAAGCAGACUGCAGCUCCAGCUGUGUAACCCGCUCUGUCCCAUUGCAGCUUGUGUAGUGCAUCCAAAUCAGCUUGGGGUUGGGUAGUUUCUCUGGGUUUUUGGUUCUUAAAGGUGGAAAGUUCACAGGGUCCAGUGCAAGAAGGAGCUAUAAAUAAAGCCAAACUGGGGUUUUUGACCUACCCAAGCUCCACAUGCACCCAGUGUGGAGUGUUUGUGGCCAAAGAGCGGCUCACAUACAUCGGGGUACCAAGGUCAGCAGCAAAUCAGUCUGGACCCUAUGGGGCAUUAAUGAAGCAGAUAAGCCCAAAACUUCUGCCUACCCCUUGUGCUUAGAUAUAUCCACUUGUUUUUCUGUUAACUAGGAAUGUGUAUCAUGGUUUUUAAUUGUUUCUUGUUUUAAUAAGAUUGUUCCUGAACGAGACUCUUAGGUUCACAGUGGGGCAAUGGAACUUCCUUCUGUACCUUCUGUAAGAUCGCUAGCUGUCUGCCACGCUUCAUUUUACAAGUUUGAUUAUGGGUUGCCUACUCCAUCUUUAUGUAUAAAGUACUAUAUAGUAUAAUACUGUAGUGUAAUACUAUAUAGUGAUCAUGUAUUGUACCAGUCCAGGUUCAGAAAUGUGUGGUUGGCCAGUCGCAAAUACUUCUGUUUCACCUACAACCUGUACCACCUCUGCAGGUGUGUGUCACUUUCAGAUGUAUAACAUGUUUACAGAUGUGCCCCACAUCUAGUCCUCAACGUUCCUAUCUCUAAUUCUGUUGAGUCUCCCAACUGCUUGCCAAAAGUUGGAAUCACCUUCGGCUCCACUGUGGAAGAGCUGAGGCAUUCCUGAGCUUUAAAGUGUUGAACAAACUGGAUGGUGGGAUUGGGAAAAUGAAGGUGGAAGAAAUGUUUUGGGAUGUGUUUUGUUUUAUUUUCAACAGGGUGAAGGCUAAUAGCAAAGUUCCCAGUUUGUUUUACUGGCUUUAAGGCUCUGCUGUGUAUUUAUUUGCCUUGUGUAGUCACUUGUCGCCUUAAGGGCUGGGUUCCAUUAAAAACAAAAAGACAAAAAAGAUAAAUCCAAACCCUUCUUUGCUUCCCUGGGCUCUGCGCUGUCCUGGUGCCCCCCUGCCCCAGAUCUGCUCUCUCGGCUGUUGCGAUGCAGAAGCUGAGCAGCAAUAACCCAUUGCUGAAUCUGACCCUGCGCCUGUAGAAGGAUCCCAGUCUUGCUGAGUAUUUGAGGAUGCUCAUGUUGGCCUAGUCCAGUUUUGAUGUUCUAAACAAGCGCUGAGCACAGUUCAAGCCAUGGGUUGGGUUGAUUUCUCCCCUGAUGCUCAUCCCUGCUGCUUUGCCUCGCUGCACGUGGCUCCAUGCCACCGGGACCCAUCCAGAAACACUCUCAGCAGCUUCUCUGCUGUAUUUCUGACCAUCCUCUCUUCAAAUGUCUGUCUUCAUGAGCUCCAUGGCGUGUGCUCAGUGCUAAGCAGUUAGGAAUUCCUCUCUCUGAGCUCCUGUAACUGGCUCACUGGCAGAGGUGGUGAUAUGGAGAUGGAGUAUUGCCUAGAGCCAGGCAGGACCGUGAAGAAACUUCCUUGUGCUUUGGUGUAACUUGCCCUGUCGCUGUCUGCAGUCCUCCUGAAGUCCUCACACAAUUCUUCACUGAGCACUUAUUAAAAAUCUCUUCAGAUUUAAUCUGUUUUCUGAUUAUUUUUGUGUAAACUUAUAAAAAAAAAAGAAGGAAAAAAAAGAAAAAAAAACAGGAAAUGGAGCUGUGACUAAUUUAGCACAUUGAAAUAAUGCUAAGGUGUUACUGAUAAGUCUCAUGUUUUGUUUUUCUGUUUGACUCAGAGUAUUAGUACUGUAGCAUAAACCAAAUACAGCCCGGGAAGGGGUGCUCAGCCUCUCCCAGGGCUGCACCCAAGGGUAUCUGUGGGCAAGGAGCUGGCCUGCGUGUGCGAGCAUCUUACUCGUGUAGGAGAGCGAGCGUGUAUUUAUUUGUGCCAUUGUUUUCAUUACACUGAGUGAAGUUUUAAAACAAAAACCCUUAAAUACGUGUGGUAUCGGAAAGUGGCACUAAGGGUGAGAUCAUGACCUAUUUUUGUAUGAAGAUACCAAUUCAGGUUAAGGCUUCUCUCCCCUUUCUGUUCCUGUUGUUGAUCCGAUGAGUCCCUUUCCUCUGGUUCCCUGGCCAGGCUGUCUGUUGGGGUAAGGCUUCUUUCAUGGGCAGGGCUGGCUUCUUUCUCCUCUGGUCUUUCCCCACUGUUGCUCUGCAACAGGUCCUGUUGGAGCUCUUGUACAGGGUUUUGCGCAGUAUGUACCAGAUCCAGCAUGGGAUCUGCUUUCUCUCUGGUGGAUCACAAAGUGUCUGGUCCACUCAAAGUGAUGGGUUAGAAGCUGCUCCAUGCUCGCAUCUCUGGUGGCGGUGGUAUGGGGACCUUCAGCAUCACUGCUCCCUCCUAGUCUACCUGUGGUAGAUUGGCAACGCAAUGACUUUCAAGGCUUGGUUGGUGUUUGGUUUUGGUUUGUCCUUGGUUGUCCCUGACACCUGUUUUUGUUGUUGGAAAUCUCCUUGGCAAUGUGGGUAGCUCCAGGGCAUGGGUUCUGUCCCUAACCUGCUUCAAAGCAUCACCCUCUCUCAGCCAUAAAUCAUAGAGCAGUUUGGGUUGGAAGGGACCUUCAAAGGUCAUUUUGUCCAGCCCUGCUGCGGUGAGCAGGGACAGAUCCCACUGUUUGCCUUUUGUAGCUGCUGUGAACUUGUUUGAAACAUUGAAGAGAACCCCAGUUCUCCUUAGGUUGUGAGUACACCGUGGGAGUGGGUGAUGGGGGGAACCAGCUUAGCUAAAAAUCCACAGGAGAAAGGAGAGAUGGAAGUUCUCCCCUCAGUUCUGUGUAAUUGGUGCUUUUCACCUUCAAGAGAGGGUCGCUCUAGCACAAUUGCAUCCUUUCCAGCCAGUGGGUGACCUCGGGGACAUCUGGGAGCUGGGGCAUUCACAGAUGUGUUUCACAGGUGGUUUUUCCUGCGUGUUCAGUUUCGAUCCAGCAUCUUCAAUAAGUUGCUGUGGUGUCCAGAGCUUUCAGGAGUCUCAUCCCUAGAAGACUUUUCUGUAUGUACGUCCUUAGUGAUUUCUUUUCCUUACAGAGACUGUUUACAAGGGAGAUGGUGGAGGUCAGGAGGGGAGAGAACAAGGCUACACCUGAUUUAAAGCUGCUGCAUGUUUCACACCAGUGCAUAAAGCAGGAGGAGGGCUGGGGCUGGAGGAGCCAGAGUCGUUCUGGCUUUGGCCACCAUGAGAGCAUUUUGUCCAUGAGAAGCAGCAUCCUGGUCUGGUGUGAAGGAGCAGAUCUGGGUCUGUGCUGCCUUCCAGAGAUCACAGAGCUUUAGGUGUUUGUACAGGAUGUAUUACACCACAGGGUAAGGCUGCUUCCUUGUAUCCUGCUCCAGAGCCUUGGAAGCAGAUGUGCGGGGAGGUAGCAGAGAGCUCUAUGAUGGCCUUGUGUUGAGGACAUGAGACCCUCUUGGCACGCCGCUUGCUGUCCCGGGACAGGAGCAAAAGUCAUCCCCAUGCUUUUUCACCAGGGGAUGCUGAGCUGUGUUCACCUUGACUGUUAAUCAGAAAGCAUCAUCUAACAUGUCCAGCGCUCUAAAGCCAUGUUGUAAGAUAGCGGUAUCCCUUUUCUACAGCCUUAUUGAUGAGUAGAGUAUCUUUGACAAGGAGAAAAAUGAGUUCAUUUCUGUCUGUGGUAUGAAACGUGUGUGCUGCGAACAUAAACCCACAACUUUCUUACAAAACAAACAAAACCAACAAAAAAAAAACCUGUCUGCUUUCCAUACGGUCUUUCCUCAGGUGCUAAAUAAGGGUUCCAAAAAUGGAUACUGCUUUAGGAGUUUCUGCUUUAUUCUUAAAAGACCUAUUUUUUUUUUUUUUUUGCUUAGCUGUUGUAAAGAUAUUUUAACAAGAAUGUCGUUUGGGUUAUUUUUUUUUGUGUGUAAAUAAGAUGGUGUCUUUAAUUUUUGUUUUCUCUCCUUUUUGUGUCUGUCGAAUAGUCUCGUUUCCAUUUUAUCCUUUCGAGAAGGACCCUCUUAAGACCUUCCUUGAAGACAUUUCAUUAAGUGUUGCUGCAUUUAAGAACGACUCUACAACUGUUCAUUGUCUUGGAUUAAUGCUGCUGCUGCUAUAAGUAACCCUGAACAUCAAGAAUGUGUGAUGCACUUUUGUUGUUUUUCUUUUACACGACCAUAUAGUUCCUCUGCGAGUAGCUAAACCCUGGUGUAACACAGCCACUAACUGCGGGUAGUGUAGGAACGGGGUCCAGGAGCGGGGUCUACCUGACUUUGGUGCUGACCUGUGGGAACUUCUAUGCAAACGCAAGCAAAGGAGAACUCUUAACUUGAGAGAUCACUGUGCAUUUGCCUUUUGUUGUUGUUGCUUUUUCUCUCCUUCCUUUUGUCAAGCUGCUGUUGGAAAGGGUAGCGCAAAUCCCUGAGGUUUUCAGCUUCUCCUUCCUGCCUGCCUGGUGGUGCGGGAAAGAGGCCCAAAUAACUUGUGAGGUGGAAGAAUCUCAAUCCGUGUCUUGUCUCUGGUUUUAGUACUUCUGUUUUCUAAUGGAGUCUCUAUGGAAGGAAAUUGCUCAUCUCUGCAAAAAGAUCUUAAGGCUUUAUCUCAAUGUGAAGUUAACCAGCAGUAUUAAAGAUCGUGUGGCCUCUUUCCUGCCUGCACCCCUGGCAGUCCAGUCACAGGCUCCUUCUCUGGGUGCUGCAGAGUGGUUGGUGCCUGCAAUUGGGUUGUUUUCCAAGACAAAAGGCCCUCUAACCAGCCAAAACCUGAUGGCUGAAGUGUGAGGGAGGUCUUGCCCCAUUGAGGUGCUAACACAGGGCACGAGCAGGUCUGGAACCUCUUGUCUUACUGGGUCAGACCUGGAUCACUGCAGGGGGGAUGCGACCCUGCAGGAGGAGUUCAUUGGAGGGGGAAAAAAGGAAUGUACUUGACUAUUUAUAGAAGAUCCUUUAGGAAAAAUAGUAUCUCUAAAGUGAGGAUAGAAUGAGGAAGGUCUGAAGUGUAGGAAAAACGCUUGGGGAUUACAACUGUCUGGAAAAUAGUAUAUCAGUACAUAGGCUAGGACUCUCUGCCUCUUUAAUUUAGUUUAUUCAGCAUCCAUUAGUUCUUUCUGGGGCAGCGUUUGCUGUUUUACGCCCAUGUUUGCGUGUGUGUCCAUCUGACUAAAUGUGCCUUGCACGUGUGCUUAUUCUUUCUGAAGGGAGCUGGUGGCGGUGUGUGAGCUGCUGGGACAGCUGGGCCCUAUCCAUAUCCGAGGGUUCAUUCCUGUCCCAGUGACCCAUGGGAUUGAUGGAUUGGGCUCGAGCCUGCAUUGAGCCCAGCUUAUGGUUUGGGGGCGAUGUCCUGUGGGGUGGCCCCUGUGAGUUUGGAGGGGGUAGGGAAAGAGAAGCUGCUUUGCUGUUCUCCCGCGGUCAAAAACAAGCAUUGCAAAGCUUUGCCUGCAAAGCAAGGGCCAGUGAUGGUCUGCAAGGGGCUUUGCACUGGAGUUAGGGCUCUGCAGCACCAGGGAUCCCGUUAUCCGGGGGUUUAUUCCCUUCCAGGUUGUGGUUCUUGUUACUGUGGGGGUUUUCUCUUACAUUUUUUUGUUGUAAAGCAGAAUUAAAACACGCCUUGCUUGAAGUUAACAAAAUAGGAACGCUUCUGUUUGCAGUCAGUGACUCUGAAUACGAAGCUGUGCGAUUCCUUGUUCCUUCAUCUCUCUCCCAGCUCACCCCAGCGUGUGGUUCCUGUCCCAGUCGUUCUGUGCUCCUGCCACUGUAAAUGUGAAAAGCUUGCUUGCAUUAUUUUCUAGAGAUGCAUUUUGCACACCGGGGCUUCGCCGGAGCUCCGCGAUGAGGUUAGUUUGAAGCAGAUGAAUAAAGCUAUGCACAUGUUUUGAAAGUUUAAUUUGUGUCUCAUUGCCAGAAGUGACUUAUCUGCCCUCUUUUGCAUUCCUGUGCUGUCAUUGCCUGCGUUCUCUUCACCGCCCUGCAGGGUCUGAUGUAAGGUGACAGUUCUUUGCUGACAGCUCUAGCAGAGGACUGGCGUUUCUUGAUUCUUUUUGGUAGCCUCUCCCCUCUCCUUGGCUUUCUCUGUCUCUGUAGAGCUAUAUAAAUAUAUAUAUAUUAUUUUUUUAUUUUAAAGAGCCUGCUUUAGUGCUUGGAUCGGAGGGAGCGGGGUGUCGCUGGCCUGUGGUUCAGGUACGCUCCUAGUGUCGCAUGAACGAGUGCCCCUUUAUUCCUCUGGUUGAGAGCGGUCCCCGUGGGGUGUGCGGGUGGGAUGGGGACGGGGAGCACACAGCUUUGAGGAGGGGAUGGAGACGGAGCUGCUGGAGGUUUCUAAUGACAGAGUGAGCCCUUCCGUUGUGUAUUCCCACUGUGAGGUGGGGGACAGCUUUCCUCACGGUGGUCCCUGGCGCGGAGGGUCAGCUCGCGUUGGUCUCUGAGCUUCAUCUGGGGUUUGUUUUCACGAGUUGGGUGCGUUGGGUUGCAGGUACCACCUUUGGAAACGUGUUGCUUAGCCAGGAUGCUGCUUAUCCCAGAGCUUUUGCGCAGGAGAGGGGGGGUUUUGUGCGGGGAGAAGGACCCUGACCGCUUCCUCCUCCCGUUCCCUUCGCCGUGGCAGCGAUUUGUACUAACUUGACAGCUUUCUUUCGUACCGAACAGGGCUGCUUUUCUAUCUACCAUCACACACGUGUACUUACACACCUUCAGCCUCGCUCUGGAGGUCCUCAACUUGUUUACUGGGGGGACGGGUGCCCCCCUCUGUCCCCCUCCCCUGAGUAUUUCAGUGUUAAGGGCGAUGCGAAACCCAACCGCGCGCUUCGCCUGUCUCCUCCCGCCUCCCCCAUCCACGAGUUCUCAUUUCCUUCCGUUUCCUUGUGUAUUAAAUUCACCACGAAGGGGUUGUGCUGAGUUACCUCUGACCCUCAGAGAGGCGCAGCCCCUCUUGGUUGUGUGCGACCACACGAGUCCGUAAAGGUAGUUUGUGUUUCCUUCUCCCUUCCUUGGUUAUUCCCGAUGAGGUUAAUGCACUCUUGUGUGCCCAGCUGGAAAAGUGUCGGUGUUUUCCCGGUGGUGAGGGGGUGGCUGGAAGAGUUAGUGGAAUUCCUGCUGUAGCUGUGUCUGGCGCAGCCCUUUGCGCUGGAAUGGGUGAUGUCACGGACUGUAAGGAUAGGUGAUGUCCAUGAGCUGUAAUGGCAUGAUGUUAUCUUUACCAAUGAUGUCAUAGUUCACACUAAAUGUUUAAAAAAGAAAAAAAAAAAGAAAAAAAAAGGAAAAAAAUA